AUGACCAAAAUCGGGAAAAAUGUCAUUUGGGCUCCACAGGCAGCGCCUGGUGCAAACUGUGGCGCUGAAAAUAGUGUUGGCAAAUUGGGCAGCGCCCGCGCCAGGCUGGGCGCCAGUGACGUGAAUCUUCUCCAAAUUCGCCCGGGGGUCAGAAGCCAGGACAUACUCAACGGCUUUGACCCCGAACCUGAGAAAACAUUUAACAGGAGGUUGAGGGAAGCAAGGGAUACAAACAAUAUUCAAGCACUCAUUCAAUUUCCUGUGAACAUGGCAGAGGAGCAACAUAUGGCUAUUCAGGAGGUAGCAAUGCCCAAUAUUGCUAAUGUUACCUCCAACAUAGUGAAGCCCAGAAUCACUGGGCACUUUGAGCUGAAACAAAGCAUGAUCCAGCUACUUCAUGCAAACGGGCAAUUUAUGGGUCUUCCAAACGAGGAUCCACAACAGCAUAUUCUGAACUUCCUGGAGAUUAGUGAUACUUAUAUCACUAACGGGGUCACUCCAGAUUAUGUGAGGCUCACACUUUUUCCAUUCUCUCUGUUGUGCGAAGGUAAGCGAUGGCUAAAGGCAGAACUAGCUAAUUCCAUUACAUCAUGGAAUGAAUUGGCAAGAAAAUUUCUGGCAAGGUUCUUUCCUUCAGGCAAAACUGCAAAGAUCAGAAAUGAGAUAGUUGCCUUCAAACAGAAAGCAGGAGAAUCUUUAUACUCAGCUUGGGAAAGAAGGGCUUCAUCCCCAACAAAAAUUGUAGUUGAUGCUGCAACUGAAGGUCAAGUAUUGGAGAAAAGCUUUGAUGAAAUUUAUGUGUUAUUGAACAAAUUCUCCAAAAGCAAUCCGGAUUGGCAAGGAGAGAUGGGUAGGAACAUGGUACAAAAAUCACCAGGGGUUCUUGAAUUAGAUGUUGUCUCAGCAUUGUCAGCACAUGUCUCUACGUUGACCAACCAAGUCAAUCAGAUGACCAUGAUCAUUAAUAAGCAACAAGCCCAGCCAGUGCAACAAGUUCAAAUAUUUUGUGAAGUAUGUGGAGAGGUUCACAUGAGCAAUUUAUGCCCAGCAAAUCCAGAAUCUUUAUAUUUUGUAGGUAAUGCAAAUCGAGGCCAAACAAAUCAGUAUGGGGACACCUACAAUCCCAAUUGGAGGAAUCACCCAAACUUCUCUUGGGGUAGAAAUCAAGGCAAUCAAAAUCAAUACCGGCCUCAAGCACCUCAACAACAAUCCAGACCACCUCAGGCUGAACAACAAGCUAGCCUUGAGGAGAUGAUGAAGAAAUUGAUGGCCGACCAGCAAGCCCUCAAUCAGAAAUUAACCGCAGAUCAACAAACUUUCAAUCAGAAAUUAAUAGCAGAUCAACAAACUUUCAAUCAGAAAUUAAUAGCAGAUCAACAAACUUUCAAUCAGAAAAUAAUGGUUGAUCAGCAGGCUCAAGCCACAACACUGAGAAAUUUGGAGCACCACGUGGGCCAACUUCCUAGAGCCCAAAAUACCAUACCAGUAGGGGCUCUUCCUAGUGAUACUGAGCCCAAUCCUAAAGCUCAAGUCAAUGCGGUUACCUUGAGAAAUGGAAGAGCAUUAGAAGAAGUUCCAAAGAAAAAGAAGAAUAUAGCUCAUCCUGAAGGAGAAUUAGUUCCCAAGCCAGUUGAGGGGAAUGAGAAAGAUGAUAAAGGACCUGAGCCAGUAAUUGAGACUAGGCCACCACCUCCAUUUCCACAAAGACCGCAGAAGCAUAAAGAUGAUGCUAAGUACAAGAAAUUCCUAGAUAUUUUGAGCCAAGUGAGUGUGAAUUUUCAUUUGGUGAAAAUUUUGCAGGAAGUGCCUAAGUAUGCAAGGUAUCUCAGAGAUAUUGUGGCAAACAAACGAAGACAUGCAGAGUUUGAAACAGUUGCACUUACUGAAGAGUGCAGUGCCAUAGUUCAGAGUAAACUUCCUCCUAAGUUGAAGGAUCCUGGGAGUUUCACAAUUCCUUUGUCUCUUGGACAAGAAGUUGGUAGAGCCCUGUGUGAUUUAGAGGCUAGUAUAAAUUUGAUGCCAUCCUCUUUGUUCAAGCAACUCGGAUUGGGG